AAAGGCUGCUUUUUUUUUUUUUCCCUGGGAUUUAUUUCAUGGGGAUGUGUUCAAGACAAGAGAGGAUUCAGAAGGAUAUUGACGUUGUGAUCCAAAAGUGCAAGGCGGAGAAGGACUGCCUGUUUGCAGAUUUCAGGUACUCAGACUCCACCUUUACCUUCACCUACAUUGGAGGCUCCAAAAGUGUAUCCUAUUCAGUGCACGUCUCUGAGGAUUACCCAGAUAACACUUACGUUUCCAGUUCUGAUAACGAUGAAGAUGUGUUAGUUACAACAGACCCAAUUCCAGUAAUUUUCCACCAAAUCGCUUCAGAAUUAAGAAAAACCAGUGAUGUCAACUAUUGCUUAUCCAUAAAAUCAAAAUUACAGCGGGAGAAUGGAGAGGAGUCGUGGCACAACAGCACAGUUGAAGAAGACUCUGAAGGAGAUAAUGAUUCUGAGGAGUUUUAUUAUGGAGGACAGGUUAGCUAUGAUGGAGAACUUCACAAGCACCCACAGCUGGAGGCUGAUUUGGCAGCAGUGAGAGAGAUCUAUGGACCUAAUGCAGUAUCUCUCAGGGAAUAUGGAGCCAUUGAUGAUGUAGAUAUUGAUCUGCAUAUUGAUGUCAGCUUUCUUGAUGAAGAGAUUGCUGUGGCUUGGGAUGUAAUUCGCACAGAGCCUAUAAUAGUGCGACUGCACUGUUCACUUACACAAUACUUAUUUGGUCCAGUGCCAACUGUGGAUGUAUUUCAGAUCUCUACUAAGGAAAGAUUUGGGCUGGGACAUCAGCUGAAAAAAAUCAUGCAGACAUUUGUUACACAACAGUGGAAGAACAGCAAAGAGAAAUCUAAUUGUACGCACAAUAAGAAGGUGUCUGACAAAAAAGUGAAAUCCCCUCUGCACAUCUUUUCUACAUUGCGCAGGUCGCCAAGUUAUCCUCCCCCUGGCUGUGGCAAAAAUAAAUCAAAACUCAAGUCAGAACAGGAUGGCAUCUCCAAAACGCAUAAACUACUGAGAAGGACUUGCUCUAGCACAGUGAAGGCGGAAGAUGUGUGUGCCACAAAAUCCCACAGAACCUUUGGCCGCUCCUUGUCAAGUGACCCUAGGGCUGAACAGACAAUGGCUAUUAAAUCCCACAAACUGUUGAACCGUUCUUGCUCUACAGCCGUCAAGCAGGAGGAGUGCAUUACUUUAAAGCCCCAUAAGCUGUUAAGUAGGUCAUGUUCUGGGGACCCUCGAUGUGAGCACAACAGCACCUUGAAGCCCAACAAACUUUUAAGCAGGUCCUACUCCAGUAGUCUUAGAAUGGAAGAAUUGGAUGGAUUGAAGAAUCACAAGUUACUCAGCAAGACUUACUCCAAUGCCCCUAAAUCAUCCAAAAUGGAGCCUUUCAAGGAAUCCACCAUAGCAGAGAGCAGGAGGCUCUCUCUUACCUCAGGGCUUAUUGGUAUCUUAACACCAUCUUCAUCAUCACCUUCACAAGCUGUUCAAAAUUAUGGUGCGAAAUGCAUUCCGGUACGAGACCGUGGCUUUCUUGUGCAGACUAUUGAAUUUGCUGAGCAGCGGAUACCAGUAUUGAAUGAAUACUGUGUAGUUUGUGAUGAACCGCAUGUGUUCCAGAAUGGCCCAAUGCUGAGGCCCACUGUUUGUGAACGGGAGCUCUGUGUGUUUGCUUUCCAAACAUUAGGAGUGAUGAACGAAGCUGCUGAUGAAAUUGCAACUGGAGCUCAGGUGGUUGAUCUGUUAGUAUCCAUGUGUCGGUCUGCAUUAGAAUCACCUAGGAAAGUUGUCAUUUUUGAGCCAUAUCCUUCUGUAGUUGAUCCUAAUGAUCCUCAGAUGCUGGCCUUUAACCCCAGGAAGAAGAAUUAUGACCGAGUCAUGAAAGCAUUGGACAGUAUCACUUCUAUUAGAGAGAUGACACAGGCACCUUACUUGGAAAUAAAGAAGCAGAUGGAUAAACAAGACCCACUUGCACAUCCUCUUCUACAAUGGGUUAUUUCUAGUAAUAGAUCACAUAUUGUGAAGCUACCAGUGAAUAGGCAACUGAAGUUUAUGCACACUCCCCACCAGUUCCUACUUCUCAGCAGUCCACCAGCCAAAGAAUCCAAUUUCCGAGCUGCUAAAAAUCUCUACGGAAGUACCUUUGCAUUUCAUGGUUCACACAUUGAAAAUUGGCAUUCCAUCCUGAGGAACGGCUUAGUUGUUGCUUCCAAUACGAGGCUGCAGCUCCAUGGUGCAAUGUUUGGAAGUGGAAUCUACCUUAGUCCAUUGUCAAGCAUAUCAUUUGGUUACUCAGGGAUGAACAAGAAGCAGCAGAAGGUGUCAGCUAAAGAUGAACCAGCUUCAGGCAGCAAGGGCAGUAAUACAUCACAGUCGCAGAAGAAAGGACAACAGUCACAGUUUUUGCAAAGCCGUAACUUAAAAUGCAUAGCCUUAUGUGAAGUGAUAACCUCAUCUGAUCUGCACAAACAUGGAGAGAUAUGGGUAGUUCCAAAUACGGAUCACGUGUGUACAAGAUUUUUCUUUGUUUAUGAAGAUGGUCAAGUGGGUGAUACAAGUAUAAAUACACAGGAACCAAGCAUUCAUAAAGAGAUUCUUCGAGUCAUUGGCAAUCAAACUGCUACUGGUUAAAAGGACCACUCUUAUUUGAUUGAUGUGAUUUGGAAGCCUUCCUCAGUCUCAAAGCUGGAUUUUGAACUGAAGAAGAUGCAAAAAACUAAUUUAUUAUUAUUAUUCUAAGCAAAUUAACCCUUUGAAUACUUACUGUUUUCUUACUUAGUAUUUCUUAUCUCAUCAAAAUACCUGAGAUGGUAUGAAUAAGCAACUGUAGGGGUGCAAAGUCUAUUACUAUACUACAACUAAUAAUAAUUAAACAGGCAUUUGGGUUGCUCACAAUAAACAGACUUUAAAAAGGAGUUUUGUGCUGAUAUUUUUAUAUUAAACUUCAAUUGGAGGUUUUAGUACUGUAUACUGGUAUUUUAAAUUUCGAAUGACUGAAUUAUAAGCAAGAGAGAAGAUUUUAUAGCAGAGCAUCUGUAUUAUGCAGGAUACUUUGCAAUAAGUAAAAUAUUCUCAUACUUAAACACAAUAAAAGGUUGUCUGGAACAUGUCAAAUUAAAGAAAUUGGUUACCUGCAGCUAUCUUUGAUUUAUUUUGUUGUACACAAAAGCAGCUAGGAUUUAGAGUCAAAGGUUAAAACGACACAUUUUUUAUUCAAUGAUGGAAACAAAGCAAAAAAUAAUUAAUGUGGUGAUGUAUGUUUAGUUUUAUCUUUUCUGGAAACACUAUCUUAUCCAUUAAGCAGGUCAGUUGCAUUUUUUAAUUAUACAAGCCUAGCAGUGUCUGGGAAUUCUGAAGCUGUUAACUUCCUUUUUACAAAUUUGGGUUUUUAUAUACUAGAUUUUACAGUUUCUUUAGAGCAAUGAGGUUCUUUAAUGUUUUCAUCUUAACUUCAGUGAAACUGUUGUGUGGUUAAAUUUAGCCACCUAUUUAAAAGUGUAUGUUGAAUUAAGGAUUUUACAUGAUUGAUUGUUGGUACAUCAGAAAAUACAAAAAAAAUGCAAAAUUUUACUGAUUUUCUCUUGGUGAAAUAUUUUUAUUAAUUUAUUCCUAAGGGAAAACAAACCAAAUCUCUCUGUCCUUUAAAUUAACAACUGUUUUUUCCAAGUGAGCAUGAUAGCAACACAGGUAGGGAGGGGCUCAGUCUCCAAGGCAUAAAGCAUAUCCUGUGCCCUGAUGAGUGCCCUUGGCAGACCUCACAGUAGCUAUUCUGAAGCCUCAAUCACACCCUUGAAUAUGGAGCACAGUUCAACUUAGCCAUCUGUGCAACUAUUACAAGCCACCUCAGAAAGCAAAAAUAGACUGAAUCCUCUAUUAUGUUAUUUUCAUAGUGAAGAUACUGAAGCACCAAAUAACAGCACAACAGAGCACAGGCGUAUUUGAUUCUUUUAAACAGAACUGCAUUAUAUGUGCUGUAAUGGGUGAUUCCUUCUUUCUAGUUCAAGCUACACUCCCUUAUUACUUGCUGCGGUUGAAGUGCCCUACAAGUAAAAUAGUGCUAUUGGGCCUAGGAGCACAUACCUGGAGAUGUAUUUUAGCAUUCCACAUUUAUUUGCUGAGGACUUCAUUUUUUCUGGGUUCACAUCCAGACUUGUAAAGCCAACCCUGUUUGCAUUUUGCUAUUGAAUUUCUAUUGACUUUCACCCCCUUUUGGGGGACCCCCAACUUGACAAUCGCUACUCUAAUUGUUAUCUUCUGUGUUGGGACACAGGUUAACUUCUCAAAACAAAGAGUAUUCCUGAAGUUUGUCUGUCUGCCUAAGAACUGCCUUAGGUUGCAUAUCUGCACAAAAUCAGUAUCAUUCAGAAGUGGAGCUGAAACUCUGGAAUGACCAUCUUGCUAUAAUUUGUCCUGACGUAUGUGUCUGAAUCCCUAUGUUUUGCGUAGCAAAAAGAAACUAGGAAGCAAGUCCACAAAGAUACUCUACGCUGACUGGGCUGAUAGUCCACCACUCUGGGAGGCCUCCUCAAAAAACUAGGAGAAAAGAAAGAUGACCAUGAGUGAAGUGGAAAAGCCAAGUAAGCAGUCAUCUUCCCUGUCCCCUCAAGCUGCAGCAGCGUCACAAGUGAGCCGUUUGAGGGAAGAAACUUGGAAUGUAGUUAUGGCAGCAAGUCAGCCUUGGUUUGUGUGGUGAGGCCAUGCACAGCACCAUCAUAAGUAAAACCCCUGGAAAGGGGAGGGAAAACACAUCUUUGACAAAUCUUAAGACUGCUCAGAAGUUUGUUUUAAACUGAUGAGCAGGAGGAAGGGACAGUGUGGAGGAAAGCAGGGCUCUGAGGUAUAUGGAGGCCUUGCUGUUGUAAGGUGCCCACUUCAGGGAGUACUGAGGCAACUGGCUUACACGUAGGGGAGGAGGAUAGCCAAGAGUACAAGGCAGAAUGUGGCAAGCACGGGCAUUACAAAGCACUGGGAGACGGCAAAACCUUUCAGGGAGAAAGGUAGUUCUGAAGGGAUGCGGGGAUUGCUGGCAGGAAAGAAAAAGAAAAUGAGCCACUGAAUUACUAACAGGUGGCAUUGGCAGCAUAGGUCCCACACGUUGCGUUGCAGGAAAAAGGGCUGCGAGAACGAAGCUGCAGUGUGGGGAAACAUGCCCCACAGAAGUAUGGGGCAGCAUCAUGCCUAGGGCAGCUGGACCACCUGGGAAGGUGUCACACCAUAGGGGACAGUGCAAGGAUGUAAGCCCAGUGUCGCACACGAACAGCAAUUGAAUUAAACCAAAAUUCACUUGCUACACAAAAACUCUGUCACUUUUUUCUUUAGCCAGUAUAUUAAAGAGAAAUUUCUUCUAAGGCAUUAUAUUACCUGCAGGUGAACAUGAGUCUUCAGAUCAUAUAAAAAAAGUAUUAGUUCUCAUCAUUUUUAAAAGGUGAGAGGAAAGAGGGAGUUUCUUUGUCAGUCUGUUACUCAAAAAUGAAUAGCCCUUCUAUAGCAAACUUCAAAGCUGAAACAAAAACUUUAUUGCCAAGAACUGGAAUGAAAAAGCCCAAGGAUGAGAUUUUCUUUGAAGGCUUUUUCCCUUGUGGUUUUAUCCAAGAGUGGAAGUUGCAUGUUGCCAAAUUCUUCCAAAUACUUACAUUCCCAUGGAUUCCAGGGGAUAAAAAAUAAAAUGCCAGGGUCCUCUGAGCAAGGACCCUGUGUUAUCCCCAAAGCCCUUGCAUUUCCUUUCCUCUGUUAUCAUGCACACAUAUUGGUGAUAGAGCAGUCUAUCAUUCCCGCUGUAAAGAUGUAGGCUUUUCACAGAGAGCUCUUAAUCAAAGAAAAUAGAGCCCCAGGCUCUACUAUCUUUCUUGGUAGAAAUCCCCAUGAAGCCAUAGGUAUCUGGCUGUGGCCAUGUCCUGCAUGGAGCAACCAAGGGAAUUCCUGGGAAAGAACUUCCUAACUUCUUCCUACAUCCCACAACAAAUUACAAGCCCUCAAAUGGGGAAGGUUUGACAGAAAACUUAUGUUAAUAACUUAAUGUUGCACCCUAAUUAUGAAUUGCCAUAUUUAUACUUCUGAAUAUUUUAAACAUAGUGGAAGGAAUACAAAAAGAUGCUUUUAAACCUUUCUUGAUAUACAGGCAGAUAUUUAGAAUUCAAGGGGUUAAGCAAUUUGAGUUAUCCUAUGAUAUCGAUUAGCAUAGCUCUGUUCUCUUCAGCAAUGCUACAGUGUUUUGAUAACUUGAGUCUUUGGCUCCAUAUUACUUAGCAUAAAAUGGCCAGUUUGUCUAAUAUUCUGCUUAAUAUUUUACAGGAACUAGUUGAUAACAUCGGAAUUGUUUAUGCUUAUUUUUUUCCUCUAAAGCCCUUGAAAAACUGUUAUUGAUGUGUAUAACUUUAAUAUUAUAGCUGUUAGUACUAAAAAUGCAUCUGAUGAAUAAUGCUAAGAUUAUGCUUUUGUUAAUACAAAUAUAAGAUCACUCCAAAUGAAGACUUUGUGCUUAGAUCAAUUAUACUUUGCUUAUAAACCACUUACUGCUGUGGAAGCAAUUAGCAUGCUUCCAACAUAGAUGAGUACAAAGUGCAAAAAAACCCAGGAAGAGACAACUGAAUGAAAAGAUUCAUGAUUUAAAAAGAAACAGUAAAAAAAAAACCUAAACAAGUAUAAAAACAGUAUAUAGUUACUUAAGCAUUAGAUUAAUUUAGAUGGAUUUCUUCUUGGCUCUAGAAUAUGUAAGUUAGAUACAAAGAGUAUGAGCCGUGACUGACAGGGAGGUAAUACCAUGGGAGCAGAAGCUGUCUGUAAUCUUAGCAUUUUCACAACAGAUAGGUUUAGGGCCUGAUCCCAUGUUGUACUGAGCACCCAUUGGAGGUGCUGAGGGUCAGGCCCUUGAACAAACACAGCUGGUUUUUGUACUAGUCACCCCUCGCUCUCAUGGUAAGUUUUUUAGAAGCUGCUGAGGCGAAGGCCCGUUGCAAUGGCAUCAGUAUGUGGACGCCCACCCAUUGCCUGGCUUCUAGGCCUGGGCGGGAGUUAGCAGGACUCGGCUUCUCUCUGGCUACGUGAUGGCAGGAUGGCAGCCAUGGUGGCGAGGGCAAAGGGGCGAAAGGGUUGGGAGGGCCAUGGUAGGCAGCGCCCAGCCUUGCCAUGCACAGCAUUGUGCCAACAGCACCACAGCAGCCCUGCUGAUGCUUGCCACGCAUCCACUUGUCUCUUGGGGCACGUAGGGUCCUGUGGCUCUUUAUGUGCAAAACCGAGGCGUUAAUCUCGUGUCCCGCGCAAUGUCUUCAUUACAAACACUACCUCAAGGUGAAAGAUGAGCCUAUUGACUAAACUGAACAAGGUCUGUUGUUUGGAAAGCAGUUAAGAUACAUGUAGCACUGAAAGUUGUUCAGAAAGGAUUUUGAGUCUGAACAGCAAGGACCGUGAUAAUAAUCAAAUUUAUUCUUCAAGCACUCAGGAGCUGAGGGACACUUGUGCUUCAGAAGGGGAUAUAUAAAAAUGCGAAGAUUUACUCAAAGAAGAGUGGCAUUCUGCAUGCACAUUGUCAUAUAAAAUGCACAAGGAUUUUUCCAGUAAUUUGAACUUCUGGUUUUGGUUUUGGAAGCAUCAGGUAUGAAAGCGCUGAUCUCCUCUGUCUUCCAUGGGGUGGCAGUUUCGUACCCCUGCUCACCAGCUGGAGCAACAGCCACCAACAAGAGUGAGGGGGAAUAAAAACACCUUGAGCUGCUGUUUCAUAAUAUUUUGAUUGCGUGCUCCUGCUAAGUUUCAGUCUGCUGCAGACGGCUGUGGUGUAAAUUACUACCCCCCAUACUUUUCAGUGGGAUUUUGUAUACAUACUAGGUAUAAGACUUUUGUAAGGCAAAAAAAAAAAAGAAUUCAAGUAGUUUUUAGAUGAACAUAUCUAGCGUGUGAAAAGCCUGUUGAAGAAUAGAUUAUGUUAAACAUUUACCAGCAACUCAGUAAAAAUAGUCCUUAUACACAGACACUCAAUAUAAUUUAACGUUCUAAAAAUAAUUUCAGAAUUUACCCAGUAUGUAUUAUAUCUUUGAAUUUUAAGAAGGAGCCACUCCUUUAUGUAAACAUACACCUAUGUUUCUUUUAACUCUACAGCCUUUUUCCCUCCAAAUAAAUUUAUUAAAUUCUGUGCACAAAAUAGUACUGCAGCCUGCUAUUUAGCCUAUGGUGCCUUAAAGUUACUACAAAUAUUUAACAAAAUGUACAUAAUGUAAAUACUGCCAGAAGAUCACCAAGGCCAAAUAUUUUCUCUCUUCACUUUUUACUGCACUUGCUUUCUAUUGCUAUUUAAGCCUCUUUUAUCCAGCUUUGUAACAGUUAUAACAUUGUAGCCAAUGUAAAUGUUUACUUUCAAUAAAUCAGAAU